CAGAGACCAAAGACAGAGACAUAAGCAGGGAGAAAGAGAGACAGAGAGAGGAACAGAGACACAGACAGAGAGAGAAGGGGUUUUAAAGUUCCGAAGUGAAGAAGGAACUGUUAUGUUCUUCGUCCAUGCCGGGAUUUUAACCUUUCUCUCCUCAGUUUGAUGAAGCCUGAUCCUUGGAGCAUUUCAGCUUUGAGCCUGGUCCUUCUUGCACCGGUAGCAGCCUUGAUAAAGAGAUCCCCGGGAAUAUGGGUGGUUGCGCCUCGGUAUACGGUCAAAUGGCAAUACCUAGACCACAUAAACGACACUUCAGUUUCGGGAAGCGUCACGGAAAGAUGUCGGGAAAGAUUCCCCCUCCCAUCCCUGAAGUACGUAGGAAUAUGAGCGAUGCCAGCAUGACCGAUAUCACCGUUAGUGAAUACGUUCACGUAGACUAUGAGAACGGGUCCGAGAUGUCUAACAAAACAUUUCAUGUAACACAGCUACAAUAUAACCACAGUCAACUUUCUUCCAAUGGGAAAUGCCAAGAUGAAGUAUGGUUCGAUUCGGUUAGUAUUAUGGAGUCCGAGUCGGACGAGGAUUGCCAUAGCGUAUACGGAGGUGGAGCCGAGCGGUACGUUUACCGUCCCCGAGCUGGAGUUCAAAUCCCUUGUUCGGGAGAGAAGGCGACACCAGGAACGUGGUCAGAGAUUUCACCUUCAGUUUUCAAGCUUCGCGGACUGAAUUUCUUUAGAGAUAAACAAAAGUCCCCAGCACCAGAUUGUAGCCCAUAUGUACCAAUAGGGGUUGAUUUAUUUAUCUGCGCAACUAAAAUGAACCACAUUGCUGAGCACGUUCAAUUGCCAAAAGUAAAACCACAUGAUAAAGUGCCUGCUCUUUUGAUUGUUAACAUACAGGUGCCAACUUAUCCUGCCAAUGUGUUUAUUGGUGAUGCCAAUGGGGAAGGUUUGAGCCUUGUCUUGUAUUUUAAGGCCUCAGAUACUUUUGAUAAAGAUAUAUCCCCUCAAUUCCAGGAAACCAUCAAGAAAUUUGUGGACGAUGAAAUGGAAAAGGUUAGAGGGUUUGCCAAGGAGUCCACCGUGCCUUUCAGAGAGAGGCUAAAAAUUAUGGCAGGCUUGGUUAACCCUGAAGACCUACAAAUUGGUGCUACUGAAAAGAAACUUAUUCAAGCUUAUAACGAUAAGCCAGUGCUUUCGCGCCCUCAACACUCUUUCUUUCAGGGCGAGAAUUACUUUGAGAUCGAUAUAGAUAUACACCGGUUUAGCUACAUAUCUAGGAAAGGACUUGAAUCAUUUAUAGACCGCAUGGAGAAUGGGAUAAUUAAUCUGGGUUUAACCAUUCAGGCACAAAAACCAGAGGAGCUACCAGAGCAAGCAUUGUGCUGUUUACGCUUGAAUAAGAUUGAUUUUGUAAAUCAUGGCCAAAUUCCCACCAUUGUAACCUCCAAAGAUGAUUUAAUUUGACAAACAUACACCAGGCAGAUUUCUUGCUUUCUUAUAAAUCCAAUAAAGCAGGCAUUUUUUUAUUUUUUUUAUUUACUUUUUUGUGAAAAUGAAAGAGAAUUUUUGUUUUCAUAAAGAAUAUGUAAAAAUUUUCAAUUUUUUUUUUUUUUUUUUUUUUUGUAUUCAAGGGGAAAAUGAAAUUUGUUGGUAAAUUCUAACUAUCAUCUAAAACGUAUAUACAUACAUCUUUAUUCUUUGCAUUCUUUUAUUCUGAUUUGGCUGCCACUAUAAUCUCUAUAUCCUCACAACUACCGU